AUGUCAAAGCAUCUGCUAUGCCUCGUCAUCUUAAUACCCAUCAUUUCAAGAGCAGCGCACUGGCUCCGCUUCGAGAUUAAUCGAACACAGGCGGCUGCUAUUUCUGAAGCUGCUUGGCAGACAUUCCAGUAUCGCAAUCGGAACAAAACUAUAAACUCACAUCACGCAACAGUGUUCAGAAGUGAAGAGCCCCUUCCACCUGAGGCCCUGCUUCCGCCUCAUCAAAUGCUCUUCUUACUGGGCCCCAAAUUCUUUAAUCCUCAUCUUCUCUCGCUCUCGAAACCGUGGGAAAGAGUGCUCUACCCUCAGGGGCGACUUGUGUUUCCAAAAAAUCAAAGCACCUCCUUCAAUGAGAUAAAGGAUCGUGUAGAUAUCCUCAGGUUAUACAAACACAAGAUAUCUGUGAGGCGAAUCGAUAGAAUGAGCGGAAUUUACACGGCGUGCCCGCUUCUCCAGAUCUGGCGAGACUACGGCGACCACUACUGGCCGCGUUGGGUGAAAGACGGUCGCUGUGUGAACCUCGGUGGCAGUUCGUGCUCCCUGCCACCUGGAAUGUUCUGUUCUGGUCACAGAGAGACCACUGUGGUGCUGCUGAGGCAACAGUUGUGGUCUACUUGCGUGUCCCGGCACCCCUCCCUAUGCGAGGUUGCAUCGUGGCUACCAGUGCCUCCCCUCUCUGCGGGUAGCAAAGAUGAAUCGCUCAGCCUAGAGCCCUCCAGUAAUGGCGAGGACGAAGUCUGUGCGGCGGCGGCAACAACUGUUCAGGCCACACGCAAACGCCUUUGA